AUGUUGUCUCUCCUCCCCCUUCUUUCUCUUUCUCGCGCCCUCCCUCUCGAGGUCCGAGACGUUCCCGACUUUACUCUCACCAGUCUGGACGCUACCUUCCCGUAUUCCGGAGUCUACGGGGAUGAGUCUGUCAACUCCUUCGUCAACGUCGCGUUGAGCUACCAGAAUCCGUCGUCGACCAUCGUUGACACUCUCAACACAACAUGCGGUGUUAGCUGGCCUGCCGGAACCAACCCGGGUCCGACAAACUGGACAAACUGUGCCGAUACAAACAUGCAAUUCCGCCUGCCGACGGACGGGUGGACCAGCACCACGAACUUCCGCGUCGAGUUCUGGGAGCAAUUAACUUCUGACGGAUCGGGUUUAGAAGCCACACACUACAUCGAGAUGGACCCGAGCGACCCGACUAACCCCGCCGCGGUCAUGUUCUGUCUCCAGAAGGGCAAAUUCAACCCUCUAACUUGCAGUCUGACCGGUCCAUAUGGCGAGUCAGCAACGACCGUCUCUAUGACCGCAACCGAGGAGACCGCGAGGCCAAAUUAG